AUGGGGAGUGUCUUUGCAUAUCUUCUGUGUCUUCUCCCUCUGUUAGUCUUAUGUGCUGAUCAAAAACAGGUCUAUAUAGUGCGCAUUCGUGAACAAAAAUCAUUGCAUGAGAUAGAGGACACCCACCACUCAUAUUUGCUCUCUGUGAAAAACGACGAGGGAGAAGCUAAGGCUUCUCGUCUUUACAGUUACAAAUACAGCUUCAAUGGCUUCGCGGCAGAGCUCACCCCUGACGAGGCUUCCAAGCUUUCUGCCAUAGAUGCCAUUGGUGAUAAAGUGAGUGCUGAGUAUCUCCUUGGCCUUGGGAGUUCACAACCUCUUCCUAUAGAGAAAGAUCCUAUAGCAAUUGGAGCUUUAAUGGCGGUGAAAAACAAUUUUGGUCGCAUGUGCAGCUGGAAAUGCAGAAAUUGCCUCCCUGGUUCUCUUGCACCUGAGAAAACUGACAUCACGGCUCCAGGAUUGAAUAUAUUGGCAGCGUGGAGCGAGGGGACAUCAGUUUCAGGAGAUGUAUUUGAUAACCGUAAUGUCACUUAUAAUUUACAAUCAGGAACUUCUAUGGCUGCCCCUCAUAUUGCUGCUUCAGCCACACUUAUUAAAGCUUUGCAUCCUGAUUGGAGUAGUGCCGCCAUAAGAUCCGCCAUUAUGACCACAGCCUCAACGAUAAACAACCAAGGCUCGUCAAUAACUGAUGAACAUGGCAAUCUUGCCAGUCCUUUUAUGAUGGGAUGCGGGCAGUUCCGUCCUGUAGAGGCAGCAGACCCUGGUCUUAUAUACGACGCCUCAUAUGAUGACUACCUUCAUUACAUUUGCAACCUCGGCGGAUCCACUGAAGCAAUUGAUCCAUCAUAUAAGUGUCCACAAGAACCAUUGUUCAACCUCAAUUAUCCAUCACUUGCUAUUCGUGGUCUUACAGGCACUGCAGUUGUUAACAGGAGAGUUACUCAUGUUGGCAGUGUUGCCAACACUGUGUACAACUUCAUUGCGAAACCACCAAAGGGAAUCACUGUAGAUGCCACUCCAAAUGUUUUGCAAUUUCAGCAAGUUGGCCAGAUUUUAAGCUUCACCCUUACAAUAAGAGCGGUAGCUGGAAGCGAGUAUCUGAAAUCUUACUAUGGCUUUGGCUCGUACUCUUGGACUAGUGGUAAUCUAAGUGUUGUAAGUCCCAUGGCAAUAUCUUUAAAAUAA